GAGCUCGAGGCUUGAGGGCGCUGGCGGCGGGGCGGCGGCGGGGCCGCGGGGCGCCACAGCGAUGUUUUACUCAGGGCUCCUCACCGAGGGUGGCCGCAAGGAGACCGAGCUGAGGGAAGCGGCGUCCCUGCGGCAGCAGCGCCGGAUGAAACAGGCGGUGCAAUUCAUCCACAAGGACUCCGCCGACCUGCUGCCCCUGGACGGACUCAAAAAGCUGGGCUCGUCCAAGGACACGCAACCUCAUAAUAUUCUGCAGAGGCGCCUUAUGGAAACCAACCUGUCUAAGCUCCGAAGCAGUCGUGUCCCUUGGGCUUCCAAGACCAAUAAACUCAAUCAGACUAAGUCUGAGGGUCUAAAGAAGCCUGAAGAUGAUGACAUGAUUUGGGUGUCUUGCCAGUGUGCUGGAAAAGAUGUGAAAACCUUGGUUGACACAGGCUGUCAAUAUAAUCUCAUCUCUUCAGCCUGUGUGGACAGACUUGGACUCAAGGAGCACGUCAAAUCUCACAAGCAUGAAGGAGAAAGGCUUUCUCUACCCCGGCAUCUCAAAGUAGUAGGCCAGAUUGAGCACCUCCUUAUCACAGUGGGCUCCCUCCGCCUGGACUGUCCAGCAGCUGUGGUUGAAGAUAAUGAGAAAAACUUGUCUCUUGGUCUCCAGACACUCCGAUCCUUGAAGUGUGUCAUAAACUUGGAUAAGCACCGGCUGAUCGUGGGCAAGACAGACAAGGAAGAGAUCCCUUUUGUGGAGACAGUAUCUUUGAGUGAGGACAACACUUCAGAAGCCUAACCACAGCCUGCAGCAUGUCUGCACGUGUGCACACACACCAGGUUGACAGAUUAAGAAAACUCGGUUUGAACCAAAUGCAGUGGCACCUUUCUGUGGACCAAGUCCCUCCCUCCAGUAAUCCUCCAGGGCCUCCUUCCCACUCAGAUCUUUCUAUAGUCUGUGCUUAGAGAUCUUGUCAGGUUAUAGCCAUUAAUUUUUACUCCUUUGAUCAUUUCAUUUAUAGAAACUUUUUUGACACUGCCAGGUCUCACUUGUGGCCUAUUUUUCUGCUUCUUCCAAGAUUUGCUUUUACUAGUCAAGUGUAGGGGCUACUAGGUUCAUUGACUCCAUAGAUACACUUGCUUCUUUUCUGAUAGCUAAACAUAUAAUAAAUAGGAAUCUUUUACCUCCUUUGUGAUGUUUCAGAGAGGAAUAGAAACUUAUGUCUUAAAAUUAAAACCUCUUCUAAGAAAACAAAGCCAUUGAUAUCUCUACAGUAUGGCAUGGUCUGAAAGAGCUCAGAUAGAUCAGCUAGUCCAAAUCUUUCAUUUAAACAUUUAGAGAGGCAAGUGAAUGGUCUAAAACCAUAUGUUAAGUGGCAGAAGGGACUUAGAAUUCAGACCUGACUCCCAAGCCAAGGCUUUUGUGCUGCCUCACUUAUCCACAGCCAUAACAGGAAGGCAGGAUGAGAACAUGCAGAAGGACAGGGUGGUGGAAGAAUAUGCGUUAGAGGUAGAUGCCAGAAAAAUAUAAGUGUCCUUCCCUGUGUGCUCAGCCCACCGAAAGUUUCCUACCCCAGAUUAACAUUUAGGCCCUUAUCUUGGUGCCUAAAAAUGAGGGGCACCAGGGCUGAGGAUAGGCCUUGCAUUCAACCCUGGCAACCCUCCUGCAUCCCUCCAAAUAAAGAAAAACAGGGUAGAAAGAUGAAUGAGAAUAGUCUUUCACUGUGAACUUCUCAACAAGAGAAAGAAGAAAAAACCACAGAAUUGCUCCCUAAGUACUGUUGUGAGCUUCUCAUUGCUGGGGCAAAAUACCUGACCAGAAGCUUGUGAGAAGAAAGUCUUGAGGGGAAGCUUCAGCACAGCUGGGAAAUCAGAGGCACAAGCAGGAUCUUGCUGCAUAUCUGGCUGGAAGAGGUCUGAGUACUGGGUUUGGAGCUGGGCUAACUAACCCAGUGAUGCACCACCUCCAGCAAGGCUCCACUUCCCAUACUGACCCCAGCCAGAGACUGAAUAUUGAAAACACAUGAGACUAUGAGGAACAACUCAUUCAACCAUCCCCCACACUAAAUCAUUAUAAGUCACUGAUUGCCUCCAAAUUAAGUCAGAAUUCUGCCUGGCCCUUUUGUCUGACAGACUCAAGUAGCUGGAACUAGGGCCAGAGAAAGGAAAUUAAAAAUCCCAGGAGUACACUGAGUACGAUCAAUCAAUGGGGAGGCCCACCUGGAGACACCUUUCUGGGUUAGAAACAGGGAGUGAAACUUCCAUGCCAGGAAUUGACGUUGGGAAAGCCCUUGGCUCUGUUCUGGCACAAGGAAAGAAGCGGAGCAGCUGCUAGUGCUGACACUUUUUAAACUACCAGUGUUUCCUGGACCCUCUCAGUGGACUGGGGAAAUCACGGGAGGGGAGGGGGCUUAGAAGCUUUUUUGCUAAGGUGUCAGCUCAGGCACAAAGAUAACUAUAAUGGAAACUUCAGUUCAGUCAGUGUAUUAAUCCUAUCAGGCACCUCUGGUUCAUAGCAGCAGUUCUCAAGAGUAUCGUGUGCCAUCAGUUAUCUUGUCUAGUGUUCAGUUACUGCCUCAACCGAACAACUCUUGGGAACCCUGAAUUUUGGGCCUCACAAAUACUCUGUAAAGACCAGGAAUCUGGUGACCCCUGUUUGAACAACUUUGUACUCGGUUCUCACUGGGCCAUUCUCUAGGUUCCUUUCCUAAUAGCCUCUGCAUGGGAAGCUAGAGGGAAAGCAAAGCGUGACCAUCAUAGAGGAGGCUCCGCCUGAAGCUUAGCAGAGGUGAUGCCGGGGCUGCCAGCCACUAGCCUGCCCAUAAGCUAUUCCCAUUUCCUUGCUCCUUUCCACCGAGGCCUCUCCAUGCUUCAUGCUCCAUACUCCUCUGUGUAUCAUGGCAGUACAUUGGCCUGCUUCAUAGGGUAGAGCUAAAAUACCUCACCCUUUGCCUCCCUACUUGAAAGUUCUACUCCAAGCAAGCCUUGACUCUGGCCACAAAUGAGGCACAUUGUAGGUUCCUUCUAGUUUACUGUUGGGAUUUCCUGUGGGCCAAGUGAGACCAGGAAAUUCUGAGGUUCUGAAAGAUACAUAGGAUGCUAGCCCAGCGUUUGGGAGUAUAUAGCAUCAAGUCAGUGGUUGGCUUUUAGUGUUCCUUCUAGUCUCUGAAAAUCGAUCAGUGAUUUCCUAGUUCAGAAAUAACAGCUGCGUUAGCAGAACCUCGAACAUCACAGUCUCAUUCUGUGCAUUCAAGUCAUUUGCAUUCUCUGGCCAAAUAAUUGUAUAAGCCCCCAGGCUUGACAAAGGCUAAAGAUCAUUAUAGGGAAGUCUUGAGGCUCAGUAACCUCUUUUAAAUGCUGCCAGGUUGACUAUUCGGAUUGCCUCUGUCUCCCUAGUAUUCACUGAGGCUACUUGGGGGGGCAGCAGAGUAAGGAGAAUCAGUUUUUUCUAGAGCAGGAAAAUUCUAGUGUCUCCCCAGUUCUGAGAAGAGGCAGUAGUAAUACCAGAUCUAUAUCCUUCCUUAUCUGAUGCCCAUCUCACAGGCAAAAAGUUUGAAAAAUAUUUUUUAUCAUUUGGUAUUCCAAUGCUUGAUUUGAGGAAUGACUGUUUUCUGACUUUUUUACUUCCUUGGCCUACAUGGGCCCCACCCAGUAUGAUUUUCUAUUCCUUAGCUCAAAGUAUCUAUGGAAUGGAUUACCUGGUAUGCCAGCCGCCCUCACUCCUGUGUAGUAUAAAUAUCUUUUCGGGCUGGGGACAUGGAAGAGACGAACUGGAUUCCUCCCUCUUCCUGUUGCCAGACCUCUCCUGCAUCGGCACUUUAUCUGCUCAGUGUUUCCGGCUGUGUUGGGUUUUUGUUUUUUUGUGACACUGAUGUAACAAUAAAAUGAAAUCUUCCCCUCUA